UAUCACGGAAAAUAACUCGAUAAUACCUAAAUUCCUCAGUAUCCGUAUCUUGCAAUUGUUGUUGUUGAACGAUAUAAUUUAAUUGGAAUCUCUAGUCGAUAUCUCGAUCUGACAGCAUCGAGCAUCGGUGAUAGUAGGCUGGAGGGAGUAUGAAAAUGUUUUCAAAUGUAGAUGUGUUAUGUGCUGUAGUUUUCGAAUGUAUAUUGUAACAAAUGUGUAAUGCUGGCGAAACCAUGGAACGUGCUAAUAAUUAUGCGUGUUAUCUCGAGAAUAGAUUUGUAUCUCUUGGAGAGUUUACGACAGCAGAGCUAUAAUGCAUCUUCCGAGGGUUAACCACACACGGUGUUCUCACUGUAAAUCAACAAAAACAGUGCUUUAGCUGGAGACAAGAGAAGAGAUAAAAUGAGAUCAUUCGUACAAGUAUGUUAAGUGCCGAGGCCAACUCUGAUGUGGCAGUUAGUGAUCCUUGGCCACUAUGAAGAAGCGAUCUGCAAUUCAUUUAAUCUUAUUUGCUGCAUUAGUUUUGCUUGCAGCCCAGUUAAGCCUUCUUGCAAUACUAUUAUAUCCACACAGUAAAAGGAAGACAGACUACAGCAGAGACACUCAGAUUAUUUCUAAUAUUACAGCACAGUUGCAAUUGCAGCUUAUCAUCAUUGAUAAAAUAAUUCUAGAUAAUAUCAGUGGCAGUAAGAAGUCUUCAGAUACUGGAUGCACAUGGUGUACUGAAGAUAGGAUUGUAUCUUUUGCAACACUGUUUAGAGAACUGAAGAACAUCGAAGUUUUGGUUAGGAGGGCUGAAGAUGAAGGUUUCAAGACAGUUGUAUUUCACAAUGUGCAUCCAAUAGAGAAACUGCCGACUGGCGAUUCUGACAUCCCAGUGUGCGUUUUCUUGAAGCACAAGGCAGUGAUCCAGUUAGUUUUAUUCCACGACCGUGAAGCAAAUUUUUGGUGGCACGGGAGUAUUCACAGUGACCCAGAUGCUCUUCAUCAAUUGUUUAGUCUUGGAGUCAACCAAGGCUUUAGUUUUAUGAAUCAUGAAGGUGCUUAUGACAAAUUUGUGACAGAAAAACUUGACUUACAUGGUACUGCAUUCUACGUGCCAAAGAAUAUUCCAGACUUUCUACAUGAUUCAUUAAACUCUCGGUUUCUUGAGUGCAGACAUCAAAGUGCUCAUCAGUUUUAUCAGAAGUAUGGAAAAGAUAAAUCACACGAGGCCUUGAGAUUUUCACAUAGAGCAUGGAAGCUUUUAUCGCGAACUAAAACAAUACUUGAUUCAAUAGGAGUUAGAUUUUGGCUGAGCAGUGGUACAUGUCUUGGCUACCUACGACAAUGUGACAUAAUACCUUAUGGCAGGGAUGUGGAUAUUGGAAUAUUUAUCACAGAUUACAAUGAAAAGAUUGUAACAGAGUUUCUGUCCCAUGGUUUUACUCUCAAGCAUUGGUUUGGAAAGAUUAAUGACAGUCUUGAAAUAUCAUUUAAAACUGGAGAUAUCAAAUUAGAUAUUUUCUUUUUCUACGAGGAAGAGUAUUGGGUUUGGAAUGGUGGGACACAAGCAAAAACUGGAAAGAAGUUCAAAUAUAUUUUUCCACGAUUUACUCUCUGCUGGACAGAAUUUCUGGAACUUAAAGUUCGUGUACCUUGUGAAACAGAAAUAUAUAUUGAAGCCAACUAUGGUAAGAACUGGCGCAUUCCUGUAGUUCAUUGGGACUGGAAGAGCAGCCCUCCAAAUGUUAGGGAGAAUGGUAUGUGGCCAGUACAGGAGUGGCAGCAUGUGAUUCAGGUGUAUGAUUAAACAUCUCCAAGUAGGCCGAGUGGAACUAAAUGUCUUAAAGGCAGUAUUAUUAUUUUCUGAAGGUGCUUAUUUGAGAAGUUAUAUCUAUUCAAUAAAAGCCUUUAUGCUUUUCUGGAAAAAGAAAAAAAGGAAC